AUGUCCGCCUUUUUGAUUGGGCUCUCGUGGGGUGGGGUACAGUACUCCUGGGGAAGUUAUCAGACUUUGGUUCCACUCUGCCUCGGUGUGGGUGGUAUCGUCGCGACGGGGUUUUGGGAGUUCUUUGGGGCUAGUCACUCAUUCCUACGUCUGUCUAUACUUACAGAUCAAUCCUCGCUGGCUGUAUAUGCUGCGUCUAUUGUCCAAGGCAUUAUUAUGUACGGUGAGCUUUAUUAUAUCUCUCUGUAUCUGCAAGCCGUCAAACUUUUGUCCGCCGUUAUGAACGGUGUCGGCGUGUUGCCCGUCUCCAUUGUUCUUCUGCCCACCAGCAUAGUCGUGGCCUUCGUCAUCUCCAAAACCGGACGGUACCGCUGGGCCCUCUGGUGUGGCUGGAUCGCUACCAUUGCAGCUACUGGUGUUACCAUCCUUCUGCGAGAGCACACUAGUACAGCAGGCUGGAUCUUCAUGUUUGCUUUUGUGGGCUUCGGCCACGGCGUCCUUUACAAUGCGCUUCUGUUUGCAGCGCAGGCUUCCUCGCCAGCCAAAGACGUGGCAUAUGCCGCUUCACUAUACACAUUCUGCCGGACGCUGGGCUUCGCCAUCGGUGUCAUCAUUGGUGGAACAGUACUGCAGAAUUUUAUGGCGACGAGACUGGGUGAUUUGGGACUUCCGACUGCUAUCGCCCACAAUGCGGAGGGUUAUGUUAGCACCCUUAAAACGUUGCCCGCUGGGUCUGCUUUACGCGAAGGUGUGAUGAAUGCAUAUGUAUAUGGGUUGGACUCCAUUUUUGAGGUUAUGACGGGCAUUGGGGCUCUUGGUCUCCUAGCGACGCCGUUUGUUGCAAGUCGGACUAUGGAUAAAUCUUUAGAGACUGAUCAUGUUGUUCAAGGUGCGAAGGAUGAGGCAUGA